AUUUUUGAUUCGAGGACGAUAUACACAGAAACAUCGCAUCCCUAGGUACUUGGUAAGAUGCAGUCCGACCAAGAUAUCCCUGGGUAGAGAUACACUUGAGCCUCCCUGGGGGUAACAACCAACAUGACGCGAAGCCUUGGGAGCGACACCAUUUUACCCGUUAUCUCCAUGUCUCCUCAUACUGAGGUGAAUGCUUCAUGAAAUCUUUCGACACUUUGUGCGAGAGUUGUCGCUCAGACGGAACGUGUCUCAUUGUGCACGGCAACUUCCCGGAAUUUCCUCUGAAUCAAGCUCCGACUUUGAUUCAAUCGGAAUAGCCGGGUUGGUCGGCUUAUUUGUUGCGAGGUCGGUGUAGGGGUAGGUGAUCAUGCGGCAGCUCACAUUUCGGAGCAAACCUCCUCCCAGAUCCCAACUUCGCAAAUUAUCCUUCGACAGCGACCAAAACAAACAGACGACUGCCGCGUCCGCGUUGAUCUAUCUCUUGUUUGUCCCAGACCUGUGUGUGAAGGAACCCGAAAAGACGUUGAAUUCCUCCUGGAAGCAGUCAAGGUCUUCCAUUCGUUGUCCCUCCAACGGGAAGGCCCAUGCCUUGGGGUUUGAAUAUCAUUUGGGUUCUCUUAGUGAAGAGGAAUCAGUGUGGGAGUCAGUCAGAGCCCAAGCGAAGACAUUGGUUGAGGUGUUGAAGUCUGAGAUCAUAGUGUCACCAAUCGUAGAGUCAUCAGCGUUUGGCUCAUCGCUCGUGGUCUUUUCUUAUGGUCUUGGGGGCAUUUUGGUGAAAGAGGCUCUGUCCAUAAUCUACCACGACGACCAAUCUCCAGCUUGCCAAAACCUACGAGAGCUUCACCAGGGAACCGUCCUGUUUGGUACUCCACACCCUACAUCUGCGAACCGUGAUCUCUGGGAGAAUCUCAGACUCACUCUACGCCACACGGUCAAAGAGCUGUCACGACUUCAAUACAUCAAAGCUGAGUUGAAAAACGCCCAGGUUGCCACAGUGUCAGAAAACUUCCAGGAAAGACUUCGAGACGUUUCAGUCAUUACAGCGUACGAAACAUUGCCAACCAGGUUACAAAAAGGGUUAACUUGGAGGAAGACUAUCCUCGUUGACGCACAGUUUGCCGAGAUCUCUGUACGGCACGAGAACCUGAUUCGCCUGAACGCAGAUCACUUUGGGCUUUUGGGCUGUGCCAAUAACGACAUUAUGCUUGUUUACGCUAUCAAACGGAUGAUUACCAAGGCGUUGCGGUGGGCGUCGAGAAAGAAUUCAACCACCUCAUCUGCGCAACCCCCCCCAUCAGGCAACGAUUGUGCUAGUAUUCAGCAGGAAAGCAUUCAUGAUGUGUUGUCGGAGGGGUCUGACGAGGCGUGGGAUAUCAUCGAUCCAACUGAUGCCGACCAAUUCAGCCACGAACCACCACCCGGAACACGGGGAGACCUAUAUUUGCAGGUUGGACGUGCGCGGGAAGAAAUCAAUGUGCUCUCAGACCUUGAGUCAUGCCCUCUUUCUUUACAGGCACCUUAUACGACGCUCAAACCAUCUGACCGUAACGUUCAAUUUACUGGACGUCAAAAGCUCCUAAGCUACAUGGAGACCGUGUUGGUUCCUCGAAAGGAAUCGAAAUGUGAACUCAUAAGAGAGCCACACCGAGAGUUGGCAAUAUGUGGAAUGGGGGGAGUAGGCAAAACUGAGCUUGCGCGUGAGUUUGCAUUUUCACGACAACACUACUUCGAUGCUGUGAUCUGGGUUGAAGCAGAAGAAGCAACACAGCUAUCAGAAGGCUUUGAGCUUUUUGCAACCUAUCUCGGUGCCAAUACCGGUCAAGACCGGGUGGUUAGCCGAAAUAUCGCCCGCGAGUGGUUUAACAACCCUACCAAGCGACCGAAGGCCAGACCCAAGGAUGCGACGGCGCCAACUGAAGGGGAGGAUGGUGCGGAGGACACGUCUAACAAGAAAGCAAGCUGGUUGCUCAUAUUCAACAAUGCUGACGACCUCUCGUUACUCGAAGAUUAUUGGCCAGACAAUCCAGAUGGAUCCAUCUUGCUGACAAGCAGAAACUUGGAGGCCCAGGUCGGCAGGUUAACACUAGACCUGGAACCAUUUGAAAGGAAAGAAGCUGCCGAUCUGCUUCGACAAUUGACUCCUGGGAUCAAUCACACGUUGCCACCAAAUGUACAAGCAUCACUGGAUAUUGCUGAACGACUUGGUGGAUUGCCGCUAGCCAUCACACAGAUCGCUGCCUUCAUCACAAAACGCGACAAAUCACUGCCUGAAUUCGUAGCUUUUUAUGACCGAUACUCCGUGGAGAAGCUUGCAAACGAUCGUGCGUUGAGGUCUCGUGGUGCACAGUACAAGCAUUCAAUCUUCACCGUCUGGGCACUUGAAGGGUUAUCUUCAAACAGUCGGUCAGUUCUCCAGGUUCUCUCAUUCCUUAAUCCGGACUCGAUCAAAGAAUCGCUGAUCAGACCGUCGUUUCCACCCACACAAGUGUUGCCAGAAGAGUACCCGAUGGACGAAUUUGAUCUUGAUGAGGCACGUUCAGAUCUGUCACAGAUCUCACUGAUCAGAAGGAACAGGGAUGAUGGAAGAUUGACGGUGCACCGUCUUGUUCAAGACGUAGUGAGAUCCCAAAUGGAACGGCCUCGGAUGUUGCAGAUGCUCGAAUUCGCGGCGUUUCUCGUCCUCAAGGGAUGGCCUACCGCCUUCCUUCAGUUUGACCACGAUACCGCGACAUGGGAAGCAUCUGAGGAUCUUUUGCCACAUAUCAUCAAGCUGAAGGGGUUCUUUGACCGUUACUCAGCCGAGAUCGAGUCUCCCGAAGCUCAUCAUAGCUUAGCCAGACUCCUGCUGUUUGCCGGCUGGUACCUUCGAGAGCGUAAUGAUUUUGAGCAAGCCAAGCCUCUGCUGUUGCAUGUCCUACGCCUCUCCGAUGCGUCUCUCGCUUCCUCUUCUCAAUACGAGUCUAACAAGGUCAUGACUGAAAUCCGCGCAGACGCAUUAUUCUCUCUUUCAGUAGUUGAAGCAGAGGUUAAUGAGAGCAUACAGCAGAACCUCAAGUACGCCUGGGAGCACUAUGAACUUCGGGUGAAACUCCGCGAUGGAACAGUGCUGGGGGAGGCUCGCGUGGCAAUGGCACACGGCGAGUUGGCUCACAUCCAGAUGCUGGCAGGCCAGUACGACGACGCAAUUCAUAACGCCCAAAUUGGUAUCGAUAUGACAGAGGUCACCGAGGCGUACAAGAACGGUUCCGAUUUCCCGACAUUUGCAAGUAGCCACCAGGCCUUUGCGCUAGCAGCCAGGGGAGAUUAUGACAAAGCUAUGCAUCGACUUCAGCUUACUUUGGACUACUGGACUACACACUCCUCCGAAGGACAUCUGUUUCAACUAGGGAUCGUGCACCGGUGCCUUGCCUUUGUGAAGAGAAAACAGGGCUUAUUGGAUGAGGCUUUCGAGAAUUGCUUCGAGGCCCUUCAGAAUUUCAGAAAGACUGUUGGAAGCAAGUCACACUACGUUGCGCAUAUGUGCAGCAUUCUUGGGAGCUACCACAUGGAGAAAAUACAAUAUGAAACGGCGAGCCUUUACUUGGAGGCAGCAGUGAAAGGUUACCGGGCACAUAGCUGUUACCGGGCACAGCUGGCACUGGCAUUGUUUCGCCAAGCAAAAUUACAAAAGGCCAUGGGGGAUACAGAGGCGGCUGAACUGUCGCUCAGAGAGUCUAUGGAUUUAUACAAAGUUGUGUCCGGGAUCGAAGAUGUGAUCGAACUGACGGAGGAACAGUUGCUCUCUGUCGUGCCUUUAAUUUGGAGAUAGGAUUUGGCAGAUGAACAGAUUAUUCAUGAUGAGACGACAGAGGUACCGAUCAAAGAUGCUUCAGGCAAGUGCAGAACCCCGACUUUCUUGUUUAUUAGGUCACAGAUUGUCAAUGUUGUGGGGAACGUUCAGCUUUUUGGCACCCAUAUCUUGGUUGCUUUUAGGGACAAGCAUAUGUUUCUGUAUGUUUACUACAUUUUUUUCCAUAGUUCUUUUUCUAUAGCGCAUCAUUUAUAAAACUUCGG